AUGAAUACUGUUCAUGAUACUAAAGAAUGGCAAAUUGCCAUGCCAAAUCAGCAGGCGCCGCUCCAAACCCCACCCAUUGCAACAGCAGUAGACACAUCUCCCAAACUCGCUCAGGCCAGUACUGGUGCAUUCCCAUCUAAUGAUUACGCUCAUAAUAACGUCUACCAUCAACAUCCACAACAUCACCAACAACAUCAGCCAAUGCACAACUAUCCCUCUUCCUCUCCUGGCGCUGCUACCCCUGAAGCUGACGGAAAUGUUAAUGGACUACCUGGUAUGAUUGCUCAUUCUCAACCAAGUACACCUCGCCCAGAGAAUACGGAAGCGCCAUUGUACCGCCAACCUAUUCCAUUUGCUGCCAGAAAUGUUGUCAGAGGAAGAGCUAAUCUAUUUGCUAAUGAAACUGGCCCAUACUUUAGUUCCACCAAGCCUUUUGAUAACCUUUAUUCAUCUGAUAAAUCCACAUUAUUAUCUGUUCGCGUGCAAUCUAAAAUGGAUCGUGGUUUCUUUUUGGCCGAUAACGACUGGACCUGUUACAGACGCAACUACUUUCAAGUCAGCAGUGUCUUCUCUGUUCAUGGAUUCAAUCAUUACUACUCUGUCAAUGAGCCUCACGUUCUUGUCAAAGAUGACGACGGUGCUUUGUAUAACGUGCAGCGUUUCCUCCUCGGUGUCUCUGCUCGAGUUGCUAACAGUGAAAAGGAGAUCGAGCUGAUUCAACAUACCCCCAAGCGUGAUAAGGGCCCUCAAUACAGACCCAAGCCCAAGCCCAUCACUCCCGGUGGCAAUCUCAGCAUGAGCUCUGUUGCAAACAACCAAAACAUUGUAACCUUUGAAAGAGUGCAAUUCAAGACUGCCACUGCCAACAACGGAAAGAGAAGAGCUGCUCAGCAGUAUUACAUUUGUAUCAUUGAACUCUUUGCUGAGACGGAUAGAGGUCAAUUGAUCAAGAUCGGAUCUUGCCAGUCUGCUCCCUUGGUGGUUCGAGGUAGAAGCCCAGGUCAUUAUGCUGACAAUAAUCAAGAGCGUCAUCAUCCCUAUCCUGUCAACGGCACUUCCACUAGCUCAUCGUCUGGCCCUGUCGGUACUGAUGCUCCAUCUGAUUCUGCUACACCUUCUUCUACAUUGUCUGCAAAGACGGAACCUAUGACUCCACCUGGUCGUCAGCCUAUUCAACAACAACCACAACCUGUCUAUUACUCAAAGCCUCAAGAUUUGCCUCAGCCAAUGAUGCACCAUGGCUAUGAUCAACAUCAUCAAGCACCUCAGCAACCUCAAAAUUACACAUAUUACUCGUCUUACCCUCACUAUGCGAAUGCUGUUCAACAACCACCUUCCAAUGUAUCAUCUCCCAUGUCACAUCCUCCUCUUCCUUCGCCUUAUACGCAUCAUGCUCAAGUGCCCAACUACGCGGUUCAUGAUGCUGGCCACUCUGAUCCCUAUUCAAAUGAAGCGUAUCACAACAACGCACAACCCACUGAAGAAGUAAAGAUGCACCAUCACCAUCAGCAAUUCCAGAUGCAACAAACAGGUCCUAUUGAAUCACCUCACAGCGGCUAUGAUUGGCAACGCGCUCGAUACAAUAGCUCAUCGUCUGGCUCGUCUUCAGUACCAUCUCCUGGUGCUCAUCAAGGUAGCGAGCCUCAACAGACCUACUUUUCACACCAUCAACAACAACACCACCCGGAGGGACGUUCCUACUCUCCCACAACACCCACAUACUCACCAUCUGUGAUUCAGCAACAACACGUCAGAAAGUACAAUCAUGGCGCCAAUCCACCUACAAACAUGAUGAACAAUGCCUAA